AUGCAUCAGGAAGCAAAUCAAUCAGUUAUAUCUUUUUACGAAAAUGUCAUUCGAAAAUAUCGAAAAGCUCGACAAUUUAUUACUGAACAACAAGUUAUUACAGUGUUACAAACCGGUGUCAAAGAUUCAUUAGAAGAACAUCUAAUUCGAAAUGAACAAGAUAUUAAAAAACCGGAAGAAUGGCUGCAAUUUGCCAGAGAAGAAGAAUAUAUACAGAAGCGAAUUCAACAACAAAGUAAUAGUUUGUAUUCUGAAACAAAAAAUAAAAUAUUUUUUGAAUCUAUAUUACCAACUGCAACAAUUCAACCAACAUCAUC